CGCGUCCCGCCUCCCGGGCCCGGUGUCCGUGCCGCGGCUCCAGGUCUCUUAACACUAUGACCUCACCUUUCCUCCGCUAAGCGGUUUGGGAUCCUCAAGUGUAAACAGGACUCUCGGGGGAGGCUACUCCUCGGCCCCUCCCCUCGCGGCCAGACCGUCUGUGCUCGUCCCCGGAGGGCUGCGCCUCUUCUCUCCUACACCCUCUUUUCUGCCCAUCCUCAUUCGUUCUCCCUCCACCACCGACUUCCAGUUUUCUCUUUAUUGCCUCCCCUCAUGUCGAAUUCCUAAAAAUCAGAAAGGUGGAGAGAAUAGCCUUCGAAAAAGCCGAAGCUCAGCAUCGCCUGACCAUACGUCAAGCUGUCUUUGCUCUCAGCAGCUGCCUUUCCCGGCCUCAUCCCUUUGCCCUUGUCUCUCUUCCAGCCUUCCUCUAAUUUCCCCAGGGAUACUGCGGAGUGUCGCUUAGGGAAAUUAAUGCGGCCAGGCUUGGGGGCUGGGAGCCUUGUCUCUUUUUUUGGGGGGGGGCAGUAUAGUUCUGGAAGCUCAAGUGGAAGGGGGAAUCUAAUAGCAUGAAAGGCAGUGGGAGAGGGGACAUGUGAGAUUUGACAAGGUGUGCCUGUGUAGCCCUCCGGUGGGUUGUGCGGUGGCAUGUGACUUCACUGAGUAGGCGUCUUUGUAUGUCUGAGAUCCAGCGAGUGUGUGGGACUGCCCGUGUCAGUUACAUGUGUGCAUGUGGAGACCGAGAUGUUCCGGAGGCAUGAUGCCGCUUUGUGAUUGCCGAGUGGCUGGCUACACUGUGGUCCUGUGAGAGUGUGCCAGAAUGCCCAAACAUUGGGCCAUGUGUCUCUGGAGCGCGUGGGCGCUCCCCUGUAGAGUUGGUGUUAGCCUGUCUGAGCUUGUGUACCCGUGUAGAGGUCAGAGAGCUGCUCAACACUGGCGGCAGGUCUCAUACCCUCCUGGAAAAGAGAUCAUGGGAGGACAGUGACCAGAAGGACAGGACCCGGGAGCAGAGGGGCCAGUCCUAUGGACUUUGGUCUCUGGAAGUCUCCCUUCCCCUCACCCCUCCGUCAACCCCGAUGGGAAACUCAGGCCAGGGCCUGACACAAGCUAUGCUGACUUAGUCGCUGCCUGGCCCAGGAUAAAAGGGAAAGCUCACCUGGUAGAACAAGAGCCAGACCCACCAUGUGACAGAAAUGACAGCUAAGCAGAAUGAAGAAGGAACCUGCCUAGAGCGAGAGGGCCAAGUGUUCUUGUGCUCUGCUCCCCUAGAGGGAGAAGAGAGCCGAGUGUCCCCAGGCUGGUCAUUUGGCACCAAGUCCCUCUUCUACCCCAGUCUUGUUCAAGAAAGGACAUGUCCUUCUGGGAAGAUCUACUUAUGAAAACUCCGACCCACUUGGGAUCCUGCACCCUAGAGUUGCAUACUAACAUGAGAUAAGAUCAUAGGAGAACAUGUACCUGCCAAGGAGUGUGAUGGGGGAAAAGCAGAGUCUGCACGGGAUAGAAAGGCUCCACUGUCCAGAGGGGCUUACCCACCGGAGCAGUUCCCUCUGUCGGGGCACCUGCUGGGAUCUCAGGAUGAAGGGGAGGACAGUGGGGGGGCUCUCUAUAGGUAACACCCACCUUCCCAUUCAGGCACAGACUUCGCUGUGCUGGCUCCUUCUGUGUCUUUCUUUUACCAGACUUUCCCUUUAUGUCCACUGAAUAUGGCCACUUCUACUCAUCCAUCCCAGUGCAUGGCCCGUGAAGGUGGAGAGGAGGGGACACUGAAACUGUCCCGUUGGGGAUAGGAACCCAUGUGGGAAUAUGCUAGGGUGAUCUUCACACCCCUGUACUGCUUGGCCAAGUAGGAACGGAAGGAUUAGGGAGACACAGACAGGGAAACAAAGGCCUCAGAAGCUGAAGGGGACGUUGGGAGGAUGCCCAGGGGAGAGAGUACUUAGGCAAAGGCCCCUGAGGAAGACAAAAGGCAGAGCAGGGCAGGCAGAGAGGGUGAAGGGGGUGGAGCGUCGAGGCUGCCAGCAGAUGGGGAUUUGCUUUGUGGAGCUCACUCAACUCUUAAGCCAGGAGAGGUCUGGAGGAACUUGACAGGGUGGGAGCUUCAGUUACUCUUGGCUGCUUGCUCCCCUUCCCCGUUUUCCAACUCCCCUUGGGUCUUGGGGAAGAAAGUCUGGUACCAGCCAAUUCCGGCCCAAAUCUCGGAACCUGAGGACUUGUGUUGUACCUUAAACUGUGACCACUUUUCACUUAACACCUUUGACCUAGCUGCAGAGUUGGAGAAACAGAUUGGGGGAGUCAAGGCUGUGCACCAUUAGUGCUGAAAGGGGACCUUCUGCCUUGCAGGACCUGAAAGAAAAGAAGGAGAAAGUGGAGGAGAAAGCUGGCCGGAAAGAACGGAAGAAAGAAGUAGUGGAGGUGUGCAGACCGCGGGCAGAAGAUGGUCCCACUUUGUCCCAAUGUCCUUCCUACCUCCUCUUGCCUUCCUGGGGGUGUUGGGGUCCUACCUUUCUCUUGAUCCCCCCUCAUUUUUUCCCUAUCCUGAGUCUUUUUAUCACCCAAUGGGUGGCCACGCACUCUCCUUGUCUUGGUACCCACAGGAGGAGGAGAAUGGAGCUGAGGAGGAAGAAGAAGAAACUGCUGAGGAUGGAGAAGAUGAUGAUGAAGGAGAUGAAGAAGAUGAGGAAGAAGAAGAGGAGGAGGAUGAAGGCCCAGUGCGGAAGAGAACUGCUGAAGAGGAGGAUGAAGCCGAUCCCAAGAGGCAGAAGACAGAAAAUGGGGCGUCGGCAUGAGCUCCUGCCAGUGGGCUUGGGGAUGGGAGGCCCCUCAGGUCCUGGAGGUGGGGCGGGAACACACACGUACAGCCCCCCUUCUCCUGGCUCCCCGCUCUGGCCCUGCCCCAGAGCUGUGACCCUUGUCCUUCCACCCAGCCUCAUUUCCAUCUCUCCAGACACUGCUCCUCCACCCUCACUGCCAUCGGUCCAGCUCCUGAUCUGCCUCACCUGAGCUCCCCAGCCGGCCCUCACUUGUCCCCUUGCAUUCCUGGUUCUUCCCUGCCUCCCUCACCAGCCCGCCUGUCCCAGCCCCUUGCAAAGCCUGCCCUUACCCUCUGCACCCCCAGCCUCUCAUCCAGCCCUUCUCUCUCCUGCCUGAUCCCUGGGUCUCCCUCAGAUUCCCUCCUCUCAGACAGCGCCAGGCCGGGGUGGGGCCGGGGUUGGGGCCAAGCCCCGAAGCUGCCCCCCUCCCCUUUUUGUAUAAUUUAAUAAAGAAACGGUCGCGCUUCUGUUUUUAA